AUGGGUUUGGAGAGCAAAUCAGAAUCCGAGCUGGAGACUCUCUUGCAGAGCGACAAAUCAGCCGGUUUCUUCACAACGGCACGGGUGUUGCGAGAGUUGAUUCGGAAUCGUCACGUCGAACCCAGAGCUCGCCAUUACAAGGCACUGAUACUAGCCAAUGCCGAUGCCUCGUGUGGGAAACCGUCUGCUGUACGCAGACUUUUGCAGGAGAUGGAGGACAAUAAUAUUGCUGCGGACUCGGGCACCCUCCACGCCGCUUUGCAGGCCCUUGCUGUGCACCCGGACUAUUUAAUCCGCCAGGAAGUCCUUCAAAAGCUUCGAGACCGGUGGCUAACUCUGAGCCCUGCUGGAUGGCACUUUGUGGUGGUGGGUCUCCUUCGUGAGCACCAGUUCGAGAUGGCGCUUGAUCAGGUUGCAUUGAUGGAGCGGAAAGAAAUCCCGAUUGAGAAUUGGCUGCACAGCUCGUUAAUCUACCACCUCUGCGAGGUCCGAGAGUUUGACGAGGUAUAUCGCCUGAUGCGAUCUCGGAUUGAGCAGGGCCAUGACAUCACGCCUACACUUUGGAGGCACGUGUUGAACCAAGCAAGCAUGGCUGAUCACUAUGCGCUGACUCGCUACGUGUGGCAGCGUACGGUGGACCUCGGCUAUCUGCAUCCUCAAUCAAAGGUUUGCAGUCGUGUGCUAGAGCUGGCUGCGCUCGCCGGGGAUGCCGAGCAAGCGAAAUCCGUGUUCCGGUACAUCGCUAGCAGCGAAAAGCUUUCUCCCCGUCACGAGAAUUAUGCUUCGCUUGCUAAGGCUAACCUGGGUGCGGGCGAUUUGGCCACUGCGUUCGACGUACUCUGCUCGAUGUACCAGGAGGGAAUGAUCCCCGAAGAGACUGAAACGGAGCCGAUUUUGGCCUAUAUGAUCCGACAUAAAACGGACCACCGCGAAGCCUGGCAGAUGCUCAAGCGUCUGAAGAAUGCCAAGCGCGACAUUCCCCUGGCAAGUGUCCAUAUUAUUGCCAAACUAUGCCGGCAUUAUGCCCGUAAUGAUCCCUCCGUUGUGGAGGACGCCAUUGGGUUCUACAAAGAGCUCUAUACGUUGUGUCCCGACGGGGCAGAUGUCGAGGUGUACAACACCUUGAUCUGGAUGUGCCGAUCGGCAGGGAACCGAACCGCAGGGAUGUUCCUGGUGAAGGAAAUGGCCUCGCUCAACGUCAUUCCCAAUGCCAACACUUUCGAGAGCAUUGUCCUGAUGUGCCUGGAUGCGGGCAACUACCUCUCCGCGAACAUGUACUUCCAAGACCUGAUCAAGCGGGAGGGAUCCGUCACCCCCGGAACACAGAAACAGAUUCGAAAACUGUGUGCCCAGUCGGUGGAUGAGUACGCGAUGCGAUUGCAAUACCAUCCCAAGAUCCUGGAAGAACAAGUCGCCACCACGGACGGAAAGCCCGGUGGGGACGCUACGACUGAGGCUGAGAAGGAGCCUCGCGGCUUUGGGCGUACCAAGCUCGUGUACAAAGCGCGAGUGGCAUACAACAGGGAGCGACGGCGAAGAAAGAGAGGACGAGCGGCUUUGGAACGUUACGAAGAAAGUCUCCAACAGCAGGAAACGGAGGGGACUUGGGAGGAUGACUUCACAGACCCGACCAAGUCGGGCGAAUAA